AUUUUGUGUAAAUCAUGAAUUGCUUUGUAUAGAGUGUAUUGAAAGGUUUUGGGGCAUAGCUUUUGAUUGUUGAACGGCUUAGAUUGUCCUCUUUUUUUUUGCAGAUCGCACUACUCACAACACGCCUUUUCGAGCCUUCAAGGAUGGACGUGCUUUGGAACAACCGCUGAUCAUGGGUAAACGUAAGACAGCGGCAAAACCUGUGAAAAAGGUGAAACAAAAGCUUGACAUAAGCUUCAGAUGCUUGUUUUGCAAUCAUGAGAAAUCUGUGAUCUGUACGAUGGAUAAAAGAAAUGGGAUAGGUGACUUGCAUUGUAAAAUAUGUGGUCAGAGUUUUCAAACGGCAAUAAAUUCCUUGUCUCACCCAGUGGACAUAUACUCAGAUUGGAUUGACGCUUGUGAGGAUUUGGCAGAAGAUAAUGAGGCUGAAAAGUCAGCAGAAGAAGCUGGUGAGAGUGUAAAGGGACAAUAUGAAUAUAGCGAUGAUGACGGUGCUCCACCAGCAAAAAAAACAAGUGAGUACUCAGAUGACGAGUUCUAGUUGUGGCAGGAUGUCACUCAUUGAAGGUUGCUCUCAAGGAAUGAAUAUUACUCUCUGAUGAC